AUGAAGUACAAUCCGCGGGUAUCGAGCUCCCGGAGGAAGAGCCGGAAGGCGCACUUCACGGCGCCGUCGUCGGUGCGGCGGGUGCUGAUGAGCGCGCCGCUGUCGUCGGACCUGCGAAGCAAGUACAACGUGAGAUCCGUGCCCGUGCGCAAGGACGACGAGGUGCAGGUUGUGCGAGGCACCUACAAGGGCCGGGAGGGCAAGGUCGUGCAGGUUUAUCGCCGUCGGUGGGUUAUCCACGUAGAGCGCAUCACUCGCGAGAAGGUCAACGGCUCCACGGUGAACGUCGGGAUCAAUCCCUCCAAGGUCGUCGUCACCAAACUCAAGCUCGACAAGGACAGGAAGGCCUUGCUUGAUCGCAAGGCUAGAGGCCGCGCGAGUGCCACCGACAAGGCCAAGGGCAAAUUCUCCGCUGAGGAGGUCGUCACCUUGUCCGCUGGGGGCGCGGCCUCUUCUAUUGGCGAGCUGGAUUGA